AUGGGUCCCUUGCUUCAAUCACCACAACCUCACCGCGGCCAUGUGCGCACCCCCAGUCCAAACUACUUUGGCUUCACCGCCCAGGACGAUUCCUACGAUUCCGAAUCAAACCGCCAUACAAGGAAGAACUGGAGUCCACCUUCGUCAGCUGUGAGGUCGACGGCUGCUUUCUCGCCCACCGUCAUCCCUGUCGACCAGAACCCCGACUUCGAUGCUUUCCGCCGCCAGUCCGAGAGUGUUGGCUUCAGUCUGGGCUCCCUGCAUGAGUUUGACUUUAAGAAGCCUGCCUUGCCCUCUGCUGGCAACAACAGCCCCAACACAACAAACGCCAAUAACAACAGCUUCUUCAACAACAUCAACAUCUCGGCCAGUCCAAAGGCUACCACCGAGUUGAGGCCGAUGCAGAUGCACAUGCCUCCAACGGGCCGCUCUCCAAAAAGACAUCUUUCUAACGACGGGUCUUUUCCAGACGGCCUUCGCCAUGCUUCUGAGCGCCCCAGCAGCCAGCCCAGGCUGAACAACAUGCCUUUCAAUCUCAACCUCCCUUCUCAACCCCAGUUCAAGCCUAGAGCCGAGACCGUUCCCGUGGCCGGUCCCUUGAACGACUCGACUUCCUUCAUCACCCCCCAGCAUCUGUGCAAUCUGCUCGACUCUGCUGCCGAGGAGAUUUUGAUACUGGAUCUGCGUGUCUCGACACAAUACGCCGGUGCUCAUCUCCGUGGUGCUCUCAACUUGUGCAUUCCUACCACUCUUCUCAAACGUCCAUCUUUCAACGUCAACAAGCUUGCCGAGACUUUCAAGGACGACCCUGAUCAACGCCAAAAGUUUGAAAACUGGAAAAGCAGCAAAUACAUCAUCGUCUACGACUCGGCUUCGUUCCAACUCAAAGACGCCGCUUCUUGUGUUAACACGAUCAAGAAGUUUGACAGCGAAGGCGUCGAGGGCAAGUGCUACAUCCUCAAGGGCGGCUUUGCCGAAUUCGCAAAGAAGCACCCUUCGCAUGUUCAGAGAGCAGGUGGCGCACCAAGCCGUGCUGGUGGGCCCAUGUCGAUGAAGCUGGACUUGGCGGGUCCUGAGAUCGCACCCGUCAUCGGAGGUUGUCCCAUGCCCGCCGAGAAGAACGCCGCCAACCCCUUCUUCGGCAACAUCAGACAAAACAUGGAUCUCAUCGGCGGUGUCGGUCAGAUGGAGAUUAAGCGCCCCUCUCACUUGUCCAAAGAAGCACAAGAUCACUUCCCUCCCUGGCUACAAGCAGCUUCCGACGAGAAAGAUAAGGGCGCACGCGUAUCUGAUAAAUUCUUGCAAAUCGAGAAGAGAGAGCAGAAACGCAUGCAAGAAGCACUUUCAGGAAAGGUCUCGUAUGGCUCGCCCACGCAGUCCAUGCCUAAAUCUGCCAUUCAGAUCGCUGGUAUCGAAAAGGGCUCCAAGAACAGAUACAACAACAUCUGGCCUUUUGAGCAUUCGCGCGUCAAACUACAGGAUGUGCCUUCGCACGGCUGUGACUACUUCAACGCCAACUACAUUUCCUCCAAGCGAUCGCAUAAGCGGUAUAUCGCCACCCAAGGACCCAUUCCCGCUACAUUCGCUGACUUCUGGAACGUAAUCUGGCAACAAGAAACUCGCGUCAUCGUCAUGCUGACCGCCGAAAAAGAAGGCGGCCAAGUAAAAGCUCACAACUACUGGUCAGACAAGCAAUACGGACAGUGUCGCCUCGAAUUCCUCUCCGAAAAACGCGCUUCCCUCGACCCUGCAAAGAUCAAGAGACACAGACAACAGCGCCCUUCGGUCGGCGGCAGAAAAUCCACUGACGGUGCUCCGUUGGCUAGACUGGACACCACUGCCGAUGGCAAUGCUGGAGCAAAGGACGAUCAACCGUAUGUCAUUGUGCGCAAAUUGGCGCUCAGACAUGAAGGGUAUCCGUUCGAACGGAUGCGCGAAAUCACUCAACUGCAAUACUCUUCAUGGCCAGACUUUGGAGCGCCUGCACAUCCCGCUCAUCUGCUAGGAUUGGUGGAACAAUGCGAUGCAGUCGUUCGCAGCACCACUUCCUCCAGCAUCUCAGAGCCAGAUCCACCAGAGACCGCGCCUAUUGUGGUGCACUGCUCAGCCGGCUGUGGCCGCACAGGAACUUUCUGCACCGUCGCCUCCGUCAUCGACAUGUUGAAGCGCCAACGAGCCUCUCAACGCAUCUCGCGUCGCCAACGAGACUCCUCACCCAUGCACAUCGAUACACGACGAAGCUCCUCAUCAGAACACGAUGAGGUCGAUGGCGAGUGGGUGAAUGACGAAACCCAAGACCUCAUUGAGAAGACGGUAGAGGAGUUCAGAAGGCAAAGAAUCUCAAUGGUGCAGAGUCUGAGGCAAUUCGUGCUGUGCUACGAGAGCGUCAUGGAGUGGCUCGUCGAGCAAGAAUCGCAGGAUUGA